AUGUCCGUCAUACACACUGCGAACAACAUGCUGGAAGACUCUCACAAGCGUAAAACGUACGAAACCUAUCGUGAUCUUCGCUCAUCGAAACGUAUACGGAGAGAAUCCGAACCAACCACCGAUACCGAUGACGGCAAAGAGCCCUCUGGUAGUUUAAGGCCCAACAAAUCUUCGAGUCUCGACGGAACACAAAAUGCUAGAGGGUACCUGAAAGCUGCUUAUUGUCGUGAAUCCUGGUUUUGCGAAAUGUCCCUGCAAACGGUCAUUGUGUUUGGAGACUCUUUGUCAGUGCUUCCUUCAACCUGGGUAUCACAUCUAAGCCGCAAGUCACGACGCACUACUCGGACACGCAGCUUUGCCUUCAAUGGAGCGACCACUGCCGAUGAUCUCUCUGGGCAACUAGCCCGGUUCUUCGUAGAGUUCCCACCGAAGGCUUCGGCGUCCGGGACAUCUUUGGAUGCAAACGAUACCACGUAUUUCUUCUUCCUGGGGUCGAAUGACUGUGGCCAACUCGAUACGGAUACAGACGAUUUGGAUUCUGUGGUUGAGAUACUAUUGGAUGGUGUGCAUGAUCUAUACAUCAAAGCAGGAGCAAGAAACUUCGUUUUCUUGGACGUCGCACCCAUGGAACGGACCCCGAUAGCUAUCGCCACCGCAUCCGAACUACGCAUGGCGGAGCGCACAAACGCAUGGAACGAAUCGCUAUACAGACGGGUACAUGAGUUCGCAGCGGAAACGCCACGCGCGAGUGUCUUCCUCUUCUCUGCGAAUGCCGUUCUCAGCGCCGUGCUCGACGAUCCGGAGGAGUACGAGUUCACUCCUGAUGAUGUUGAGACAGAAUGUGGUCCGAUAUGGGCCGAUGACUUGCACCCCACCGCGGAAGUACAUUCCAUACUUGCAGACUGCCUCGUUGAUGCACUCCUUGAGAGUCGAUCGCGAUAG